CCCCUCCCUCCUCCCUGCCGGGUGGAGAGGAGGAGGAGGGCUCAGAGAUCUGACGCAGUGUUCCUCACUUCCACUCCCCGCUGCCAGGAAGCCUCACAGCGGCUCGGAAAGCUCAGAGAAACACUCACAUCUCGGGACGGAGAGAGACCCGGAGAACGGGUUCUGGAGGCGAUGAGGACGGCAGUGACGCAGAGCGCGAAGCCGCGGCACCGGAGCGCGGAUACGGGCUUAAACCCGGAGCUGUAACCGGGGAGGUUUGUUCUCAUUGUGUGCUGAGUGGCGCAGGAGAAAAGGAUGCCUCCGCGGCCGCACACAGCCCUCCUGCUACGAUCUAAACGCGUGAUUAUUCCCCGACAGAAAGUGUCUUCUCUGCCCGCUCUGACGGAGGGUUUGCUGCCGUGGAUUCCUGAAGGACACCGUCCACCAUGCGGCCCGCUCAGCACCCAUGAAAACUCUCAAUGAAAACAAGGAGCAGCAGGAGGAGGAGGGGUCUGGCUGCAGAGCCAUGGAGGACAAGGAGAACAAUCUGAAAACGGCCAGGUUGUGGAGAGAUGCCGCCCUCCGCUCCAGGAAGCUGCGGAGCAACCUGCGCCAGCUCACCCUCUGCUCCAAGAACAACCAGAUCAUCCUGCCGGAGGAUAUAUCCGAGAUAGAGGUGCUCAACCUGGGUAACAACUCCCUGCAGGAGCUGCCAGACGGGCUGGGAUCCACCCUCAACAACCUGCGCAUCUUGGUCCUCCGCAGGAACAAGUUCUCCUGUGUCCCCUGUGUGGUGUUCGAGCUGGGGCAGCUGGUGGAGCUCGACAUGAGCCACAACCUGCUGAGGAGCCUCUCUGAGGGGGUGAGCCAGCUGAAGGGCCUGAAGAAGCUUUGCAUCAGUCACAACAAGAUCCAGUCCCUGCCCGCUCAAAUAGGAGCGCUGCAGUUUCUGGAGGAACUUGACAUCAGCUUCAACGAGCUGCGAGAUGUCCCCAGAUCCUUCAGCUGCCUCCACAGGUUGCGGACGCUGGACGCAGAUCACAACAAGCUGAACCAGUUCCCCCCAGAGAUCCUGGCGCUCAGGGACCUGGAGGAGCUCGACUGCUCUGGGAACAAGUUUGAGGCUUUACCAGCAGACAUCAUGAAGCUGCAGCCGAUCAAAAUCCUGUGGCUCAGCAGCCUCCACAUGUCUUCACUACCUGAUGCUUUCUGUCACCUGCACAACCUGGAGAGCCUGAUGCUGGACGGGAAUAACCUCACAGCGCUGCCGGCCUCGUUUGGCAGCCUGCAAAGACUGAAAAUGAUCAAUCUGUCCUCAAACGAGUUUGAGAACUUCCCCCAGGUGAUUUUAAGCAUCACAGGAUUAGAGGAACUGUACCUGAGCAGGAAUAAACUGACUCAUAUCCCAGAGGAGAUCGGGCAGCUGGGGAAGCUGGCGAACCUUUGGCUGGACAACAACAACAUUACAUAUCUACCAGACUCCAUCGUGGAGCUGGAGAAGCUGGAGGAGCUCGUCUUACAGGGUAACCAAAUAGCCAUACUGCCAGAUAACUUUGGAAAGCUUUCCAGAGUGAAUAUCUGGAAGGUGAAGGAUAACCCGCUCAUCCAGCCUCCGUACGAGGUGUGCAUGAAGGGGAUUCCUUAUAUCGCAGCCUAUCAGAAGGAACUCGCACAUUCCCAGCUCGCCGUGAAGCCGCGGCUCAAACUGGUCCUGAUGGGGAUGAAGAACGCCGGGAAGACGCGGCUCAGGCAGAGCGUGGUGAGCAGACAGCAGGACGCAGCAGGAAACCAGGGAAGCAAAGGAAUCGAAGUCACUAACUGGGUGGCAGACGCUGAUCGCUGUCUCACUUUUCUGGUGUACGAUUUGUCAGGGAAGCAAAAUUACGACCUCAUCAAACCCUUCUUCCUGUCCCCCGGUGCUCUCUACGUUCUGGUUGUGAAUCUCAAAACGUAUUCGCCCAGGAACUUUUACGCCCACGUCGGGUAUUUCCUCCACCUGCUCAGUGCCAAAGUUCCCCACGCUGUCGUGUGCUUAGUGGGAACGCACGCCGACCUGUGUGGGGAGGUGGAGCUGGAGGAGAAAACUCUGGACAUCCACAGACAGAUUGGCCUGCAGGAGAAGAGGGACAUCCAGAGUCUGAGGAGCCUGGCUCUGCAGGUGGACCAGGCGCUGGAGCAGGGCUUCAGCGUCCGCACCUCCAGCCCUCACGUCCUCUUCUACGGCGUCUCUGACAGGAACCUGCGGCGGAGGAAAGCCCAGCUGCAGUACAUGCUGAACCAGAGGCUGCAGAUCUUGUCUCCUGUGCUGAGCGUCAGCUGCACGGAGACGCAGAGGAACAUUCAGAGGCUGCGUGAGAAACUCAUGUCCGUCGCUGACCACAGGGACAUCUUCCCCAACCUCCAUCGCGUGCUGCCCAAGUCUUGGCAGAUGCUGGAGGAGCUGCACUUUAAGCCCAAAGACUUAUGGCUGUCAUGGUGGGACUCGGCCCGGCUGGGCCUGCAGGCGGGGCUGACGGAGGACCGACUGCAGAGCGCCUUGUCCUACCUGCACGAGAGCGGGAAGCUGCUCUACUUUGAGGACAGCCUCACCCUGAAGGAGUAUGUUUUCCACAAUCUUCCACGCUUCAUCGCAAUCCUCAACGUCUUCUUCCAGAGGGACGAGUCGACGCUGCUGGACCGGCUCCUCUCUGAGGGGGAGAGGGGGGACAAGGGCCGGGUGAGUCUGGUGAUAGAGGACGAGAAGGGGGAGAACCUCAGGGUCACCCAUCUGCAGCAUCAUGUGGAGGGCUUCCUGCAGCACGGCCUCCUGCCCUCCAACGUCAUCCGCCUGCUCCUCCGCCCGCUCAUCCAGACCCAGCAGGACCUCCAUCUCAUCAUGGAGCUCCUGGAGAAGAUGGGUGUCUGCUACUGCAUCAACAAACCCCGCAGCAAGCCUCUGAACGGGGCCACCGCCUGGUACAAGUUCCCCAGCUACGUCAGCAACGAGGAGCCCCGGGCGGAGGCCUCGGCCGGCGGCAGCUCCGUCCCUCUGUGUCCGCUCUUCUCUGUGGAGCAGCUGCACAUCCAGUACAGAUUCCCCUUCCUCUUCCCUCCCGGACUCUUCGCUCGCUUCAGUGUUCAGAUAAACAGCCACGUGGUUCAGCGGUCGGACGGCAGGCAUCAGAUCUUCGCCUAUCGGGGUAAAGUCCCCGUGGAGAUCAGCCAUCAGCCCUCCAAAGGGAAGCUGCAGGCGGAGACUCUGUCCAUCACCAGCCACGCCUCGCUGCCCAACAUCUGGACUGCGUGGCAGGCCAUCACGCCGCUGGUGGAGGAGCUGAACGUGCUGCUGCAGGAGUGGCCUGGGCUGCAUUACUCUGUACAUAUUCUGUGUUCCAAGUGCCUCAAGAGAGGGUCAUCCAGCCCACACGCCUUUCCAGGUGAGCUGCUGAGCCAGCCGCGGCCCGACGGUCUGACGGAGAUCAUCUGUCCAAAGAACGGCUCGGAGCGGGUCAACGUGGCUCUGGUUUACCCGCCGACGCCCACUGUGGUCAGCCCCUGUCUGAAGUGAGCCGCGGGGGGGGGGGGCUGGACUCUCCCGCCGGCCGGGCUCGUAUCACCGGGUCCACCCCCCCCUCCUCCCCCCCCCACCUCUGACUGCCUCACCUCCACCUCCCACACCUGUGACUCCUGCAGCCUGCUUCCUGUCCUCCUGCCUCAGCUUCAGCCGGGCCGCUUCACCCUGAACUGAACCUGAAGGCAGCACAGCGGCUCACUGCUUCAUAUGUAGGUCUUCUGGUGUCUCAUCAUUUUAAUAUUUAGGAGCUUGAUGAGCACAAUCUUGGGCCGUGUUUAUCCACAGUAGCUCUGGAUCUUCUCUGGCCUGCGACGCUUCACAAGUUCCUCAGAGUGUUUUUUUUUUUUAAAAACCUGCAGCUGCAUCGUCUCCUGUCAGUUUUAUUUACUUUUUAAAAAGCAAUCCUACGUUGUUCAGGACUCUAAAAGGCUCGAGGAUAAUUCAGUCAUUUAUUAAAGAAAAAGUCUUUUAAACACUGAUGAACUUGUUAAAUCGUGGGCCAGAUUUCUGCCAAGUCUCACCUGAUCAAACCAACACAACAGACUCUGAAAUCAGGAAAGAAGAUUUUUUACUGGACUGCAAUAUUUUGCAGUAUCUAAUAAUGUUUUAGCAAUUUGUCCCGUUUCUACUGUAAUGAAGAGAGCAGCAUGGACACGGUGGAUUGAAGACUGUUUUACAACUAUUUACACGUGUAAAUAUUCUCUGUGCCUACUUUAAAAAGUCCGAUGCAAACUACAAGACUUCAUCUCUUAGAUCUGCUCAUCCUGAGCCGCUCCGGACGCUGCCACACAAGUUUCAAACAUGCUUGAGUUUCUUGUAGCCAAAAACAGCAGGAUGUGCCUGUAGUUUGGUCACCAUGGAGACCAGUCAGAGCAGCAUCCAAUGAGAGCGCACAGGAAAGCAGAGGCAGUAUAUAUAUAUAUAUAUAUAAUUAAUUCAAUAGGAGUAAUUAAACAAGCUUCAUGAAUGAAUGAAAAGGAGAUGCAGUGACAUCACGUCACCAUGACAACAGUCUGGGACUGAAGAUGUCCUGUAGUGUGAGCAGGACAGCCUCACGUCACCAUGACAACAGUCUGGGACUGAAGAUGUCCUGUAGUGUGAGCAGGACAGCCUCACGUCACCAUGACAACAGUCUGGGACUGAAGAUGUCCUGUAGUGUGAGCGGGACAGCCUCGCGUCACCAUGACAACAGUCUGGGACUGAAGAUGUCCUGUAGUGUGAGCAGGACAGCCUCACGUCACCAUGACAACAGUCUGGGACUGAAGAUGUCCUGUGGUGAGAGCAGGACAGCCUCACGUCACCAUGACAACAGUCUGGGACUGAAGAUGUCCUGUAGUGUGAGCGGGACAGCCUCGCGUCACCAUGACAACAGUCUGGGACUGAAGAUGUCCUGUAGUGUGAGCGGGACAGCCUCGCGUCACCAUGACAACAGUCUGGGACUGAAGAUGUCCUGUGGUGUGAGCGGGACAGCCUCACGUCACCAUGACAACAGUCUGGGACUGAAGAUGUCCUGUAGUGUGAGCGGGACAGGAAGUCUUGUAGUCUGCACUCGCACUGAGCCGUUUUGUGACACGAGGAGGACGAGAUGACGUCUGUGGUGAAACUCUCUUCCUGUUCAGAGGUUUGGUUCAACAUCAACGUCUGAAGUGUUCCAGCAGCGAUAAACAUGUAAAGUCACGUUCUGUUCAUGUCCCGUCACAGUAUCAACUCAUAAUUAGUCUCUAUUACACAUUUCUGAACAACAUCCUUCAUGAAUCCCUCAUCAGUUAUUGAUAAAUUGGUGAUUAAUCCUCAAUGAAGCUUUCAGAGAGCAGAGAGUUUAUUCUUCAGUUUUUACACCUUUUGUUUAUGGAGGAGAAACAUUUACAGUCACACUAUAACAGUCCAAUGUUACAUAAAACAGGAGAACAAAAUGAUUUCAAUUAAUUAUAUUAAAUGUGAAAAAUGCAACAAUAUGUUUGGUGAUUUAUGAUUUUUUUGAAUAAAUGUGGGUCAAACACUACAAAAAUGUGCAUCAGCUGCACAAAAAUGUUGUUAAAAAGUUGAAAUAUUUCCAUGUUUGUAUAUUCUGAGUCUCAGUAGGGGAAGUCGUCACAUUUCAGAAUAAAAGUCAAAGUGUUUAUGGUGUUUUUACUGCUCCCAGAUGUAAAAAUGUCUCAAAUCUGACCCUGAACAGUAUGUGAGGGUUAACCUCAGAUAUUUAUCUUCACUCUGACCGCGGUCGGGAAACAGUGAUGUCAUCGCCGUUUCCUGAACGCUGACUGUAUAUAAGUGAAUAAGAGAAGAUGUUUGCUGUGUAGAAGGAAAGGACGUCAGGUGUUUUUUUCACUUCCUGUGCUCUCGUUGAGUUGAUUUCUGGAUGUUUUUUCACCUUUUAGAGGAAAACAUUUCGACCUGUGCGAACACGUCGAGGGAAACGUGCUUUUCUUUCUGAUGUAAAUAAUAUCUUUAUUUUUGUAUGUUGACACGAGGCGUGUCUCCACUCUUAGCUUUGACUUUAUUUACAGUGCAAUGUUGUGCAUGACUCACUGUUGAGAUGCACAAAAGGGUUUUUAUAUGUAGCUGGUUUCAACAUCUCACAUGAAACAACAUGAAAUACCAAAUACAAAUAAACCAAUAACUGGCUUUAGUACCA